AUGGGCCAUACUGCAGCUGAACAGGCUAUGAUGGACUUGAUCGACCAGUUCCACAGAUACACCAAACCUGAUGACAAGAUUAACAAGAGGGGCCUGCUGAGGAUGCUGAGGGAGAAUUACCCUCACUUCCUCAGGGCUUGUGAAAAUAGUGGCGUAGAUUUCUUGGGCGAUAUAUUUGAGGACAAGGACAAGAACAUGGAUAAGAAGAUCUCAUUUACUGAGUUUCUGUCGGUGUUGGGGGUCCUAGCUGUGGACUACCACGAUAAUAGCCACGGAGCCCCGCUCUGUUCUGGUGGGGGAGGAAAGUGAGCCCAGCCCAGCCUGAGGCCUCCAGAAACCACAAGAAAUAAUAAAGUGUGUCUAUU